GGAUUCUCGUGCACUCUUUGCCGAGCCGUCAUAGCCUACAGCUGUCCGUGUAGAAUGGGGAAAGUUCAUCAGGAGGAUAGCAAUGUCAAAGAGAAGAACAGUGAGUUUAGCUUGGUAAGGGUCAAAGGUACAUGGAAAAGCAAAAUGGGCAUGAAGAUCAAGGACACUGUUGACUGUGUUUCUGCUGCUAAAAUAUAUGAAAGCAUGUCAGAGAAAGGCACCACUUGGACAGUAGUCAGCCCCAUCACCUUUACUUACAAGGUGACUGAGACUCAUAGUUUACUGGAUCCCAGCAAUGACACUCUUCUACUGGGCCACAUCACCGACCCACAGCAAGUGGAGGACAUUAAACGCUCAAACAAGCCAAUUAGGCGAUUUGUGGUCGUUGAUCAGGAAGUUUACAAAAUCUAUGGUCCCAAGAUAACUGAAUACUUAGAAGCUAAUGAUGUGGUUUACAAAAUCUUGGCCCUUCCCACCACAGAGGAGAAUAAAUCAAUGGAAACUGCACUGAAAAUCCUGGAAGAAGUCAACAACUUCGCCCUGGACCGUCGCACGGAGCCCAUCAUCGCUAUUGGUGGAGGUGUUUGCUUAGACAUAGUCGGUCUGGCUGCUUCACUGUACAGGAGGCGCACUCCUUACAUCCGGGUCCCCACCACCCUUCUGUCCUACAUCGAUGCCAGCGUUGGGGCAAAGACGGGUGUGAACUUUGCAAACUGCAAGAACAAGCUGGGGGCUUACAUUCCACCUGCUGCAGCCUUCCUGGACCUGUCAUUCAUGCAAAGUGUUCCCAGGAGACACAUCUCCAACGGUUUGGCUGAGAUGUUAAAGAUGGCUUUGAUGAAGCACAAGGGCCUCUUUGAGCUUCUGGAGGAACACGGAUGUAUGCUCUUAGACACCAAAUUUCAGACUGGCAACAAUGUAUAUGGACACAACAGUGUAAAAGUUGCAUCUCAGACAACCCGGAUAGCAAUUCUAACCAUGCUGGAAGAGCUGGCUCCAAACCUUUGGGAGGAUGACCUGAACAGACUUGUUGACUUUGGUCAUCUUAUAAGUCCAGCAUUAGAAAUGAAAGUUCUCCCAUCCCUGCUGCACGGAGAGGCAGUCAAUAUCGAUAUGUCUUACAUGGCUUAUGUGUCUCAAGAGAGCGGCCUAUUGACUGAGGAGGAGAAGCAGAGGAUCAUCGGCUGCAUGGUGGGGCUGGAGCUUCCCGUCUGGCAUGAGGAGUUCACAAUGGAGCUGAUCCAGAAGUCCCUGCAGGACAGACUGAAACAUUCCGGCGGCCUGGUCCGAAUGCCUCUACCUGUUGGUCUGGGACAAGCAGAAAUAUUUAACAACAUUUCCUACGACAUCCUACAGAAAGCUUAUAUCAAGUGGUGUGAAGAGCUGAGCGUCUCCUCUGAUAGCACCUGUGAUGCUUGAUCUUCACAUUCUUCAGAAAUAUUUUUAAAGAAACAUGUUUAUAUUUCGACUUCUGUUUGGUGUUUGGAAGUGUAAGGUUGUUCAAAUUACUGUGGUGAGGCUCUGGUGUGGUUAAAGUCUGAGGUAAAACGAUUCUAAAUGAGACAGUUACAAUGAUGACGAGGACGUGUUGGCUUGAGAAUGUAAAUAUCCUUUAUUAUAGCAGCUACUUCUGUGAGUGAUAAUGACAAAUGGUGUCAGCAUUUCUUCACUUUGUUUUACAUGGUUUAAAAAAGCUCAAAUGAAAUAAUCAAGAUAUGUUUUUGAGUGGUUUAACACUAAUUCACAUUAAACAUCUGAAGUGUCAUUCGGGGGAACCAAAAUGGAUUAAAGAAUACCAGAAGUUA